UUUUCAGAACUGUCAAAUACUGUGUCAUUUGGUCGAGAAGAAAAAUCUUAAUGUGCUAGUUUUCCACUCGAUUUGGUAAAAGUAGAAUAAAUAUAUUAUCAUAUUUGAGGAAAUUACGUACAAGUGACUGAUAGUGGUUCUAUAAACGAUUUAUUUUCAAUUUAGCGAAAAAAUCUUAAAACGCGAAGCAAGUAUCGUUGACUGCAUUUCGGUAUGUUGAAUAUUGUACAGGUGUGUGUACGUGGCGUGCGGUGACCGAGUACUGUUAUGUCAAUAAUUAAAAAAAUUCAAAGAAUUAUGAGCAUAGUAUUAUUAUAAUGAGCUACUUAUACUUGGUGAAUUAAAAAUGGUCAAUUGUUGCCUUGUAUGUGCCAUUUGCUGGUGAAAUUAUAAAUUGAAGUUUUUUUUUUAUAAAAUGCUUAGAAUAUUUACGUAUCUUAUUUCAUUGUCUUCCGAAAUUUCAAAUCGGAAAUUCAAGGAACAACAGAUUUCAAAGCAUUCAUUUGAAGAAAUUGAUUUUUUAUACAUUUUGACUGGCGUGUUUGGCCUGCUGUCACUGCCGUACUCCAUGCAAGUGCUUUCCCAAUAGAUUUGAGCGUAGUAACCAGAAUGCAAUAAUUUCAAGUGGAAACGUGUGCGGCUUAGUGUCUUUAAAAGUAUAAAUCGAGAAAGCACAAGAUAUUUCUAUCACGUGUACCCAAACACGAGUGCUGCAGUAUACAUCACUGCUAUAGAUUUGGGUGAAAAUAAUACACAGGAAACAAUUUACAACCGCUCUGCGAAUUGCACAGUCAAUUCAAAGUUUAAGCCAGAUAACGAGUAGUGUCAGCUUAGUUGCAUUGCAACGACUAAUUCAAGAAAUUAUCGGUUGGUUGCGAUUUUAAUAGAAAGAUAGAAAAAAGUAUACGAGUUGUGAAAAAAUUAGUAAUAAUUUAUAAGCGACUUUACUGCCAAAACGUCGACGAAAAAUACAAGCAAAAAAUCACCAGCAAUUAUUGCUGCUUCAGGCCCGACAGCAGGUGGUCGCCGAUCGAGUAAAGUGGUAACAGUGGCAGCGGCAGCAGCAUCAUCUGCUGCUAAAACAACGGCAACGACGACAACAACGGCGAUUCCAUCGUCAUCAGGUGGUGGUGCAGGCACUGGUGCUGGUGUGGCGUCAGGAACAGGUGGUGCAAGUGGUGGUGGCGGCGGCGGUGGUGCACACAGUCGCAGUGGACGACGCAGUCAUAGCAGCACUAUACCGCAACAGCAGCAGCAGCACACUAUUAGCAACACCAGAAGCGGCCACAACAUUAAGACUAGUGCGAGCCGCAAUAGCAACAUUCGCAGUUCUUCGUCCAAUAGCACAAUGGCAUCGUCCAAUCACCGUGGUGGCGGAGGUGGUGGCGGUGUUGGCGGUAGUUCGGGCCUGCAAAUUGGCUCGGCGUGGUUUCAACGCAAAAUCAAUUUACGACCACAGCAUCGAGGUGUUCAUUUAGUCACAGAAGAGAUACUCCGACAGAUGCCCGAAUUAGGGCAGUUUUCAGUGGGAUUGUGUCACGUGCAAAUCCUUCACACAUCCGCGAGUUUGGCGUUAAAUGAGAGUUGGGAUCCAGACGUCAGAGACGACAUGGAAAUGAUGUUAAAUAAAAUAGUUCCCGAAGGUCUACCGUACAGGCACUCGUGCGAAGGACCCGAUGAUAUGCCGGCGCACGUGAAAGCCUGCUUCCUCGGCAGCUCAUUGACAAUCCCCAUAACUGAUGGUAAAUUAUCGCUUGGUACAUGGCAGGGCGUUUGGCUAUGCGAGCAUCGCGAUCAAGCGGGUUCACGCAAGCUAGUUAUAACACUGUCUGGGUGUCCGCGUGAGACAGCGCGCAGUCCGCUGUCGCCAGUAUCGCCAAUCGCUUCGACAUCCAGUUAGGGAAGGCCUCGCUCCACCCGCGAUAGUCGGUAAUCGCGGGGGAGCGACAAUAAUGACAUCAUUUCGUCGAGGAAAUUAAUUUUUAAUAGAAAUUUAGCUAAUACCAAAAUCAGUGCGACAGCAACAGCAACAACAACAACAGCGGCCGCCGCAUCAGCUGUGGCAGCCGCAGCAGCUGCGAGCACUACAACUACUACUUGUGCGAAUAAUACGACUAAUUUAACUAAUAUAACUACGAACGCGUUAUUAAGUAAUAGUAGAAGAUUGUUCAUGAAAAACCAAUUACAUUUAAAUUUAAAUGUAACGGGAACAUUGAAUGUUGAUAAUGAUGGUAAUGCGAGUGAUUCGAUGGAAGCAGCAGCAGCAGCAGCAGCAGUAGCAGUAUCUAAGUUAAAAUGGGAUGGUGUUAAUGUAGAAACCGUCACAACAGUGCCUCAACAACAACAACAACUACAACCACACGAACAAAAACAACAUCAACAACAAAUACUAGAAGCAGAACAACAACAACUUAGGAAAGCAUAUAGCAAAAUCGAAGCAAUUGCAGUGGGACAGUCGUCUACAACUACAACAACAAAAACCACAAUUAGAGGAGACGUGGGAACAGUAGCAGCAGCAACAAAACGAGUAGCGACAUCGUUAUCAUCAUCACCGUCAUUGUUGAAUUCAUCAUCAACGGCAUUAGCUAAAUUUAACCGAAUCAUCGACAGUACAAUGCCGGCAACUAACUAUUAUCAGCACCAUUUGCAACAGCAGCAGCAAGCGCAAGAGAGCAUGCAACAUGCCAUAUGCGCCGGUGCAGCACCACCAGCAACGCUGAGUGAUGCACUACAGCAGCGCCUAGCGCUCGUCUAUCCCGACAUUGUCUCGACCGAUUCGCAAACGAAAAAAAUUAAUUUCACAACAGCAGCAGCAGCGGCGGCAACAGCGAAGACAACAGCAACAACCGCACAAACAGCAAAACCGAAAGCGAAAGUGAAAGGAAAAUCCGGUGCAACGCAUGAUCGUUCGCGUACAACGCGAGCGGAAAUAGCGACGGAAGUGGAAGCGGCAGCCUUGACGGCCGCAGCUGCUGCAACAGCGCCAUCAAACGACGAUAAUCAAAUGAAACGAAAUGAUGUGCAUUAUUUGUUGAAACAAUUAAAUAGUUUUAGUGAUAUAGAAGAAAUAGAAAUUGUUGAUAUGGAGCAAAGACAGCGACAGCUGGAUGAACAACAGCAGCUGACACAGCAGCAACAGCAACAGCAUAUGGGCCACGGCGUGGACAAGGCACACUCACCGACAGCGCAAUCGCUUGUGAUAACCUCGCCAUCGUCGCUGUCACACAAAGGCAUACGACGUUACGCCUCACUGCACCAACAGCAGUGCACGCAAUAUCCGCUCGACAGCGACGAGGCGAUCGACAGCGUCGAUCAACAGCAAUAUUUGCUGCAACAAUUCGACGACUACCUUUUUCAGUCCUGCCACUAUUUGGAGACAAAUUAUUUUGCCGCCAACUAUCGCACUGCCAUGGUUGAGAGCAGCUCACACGAGUUCCGACCAUCGACGACGACGACAACGGGCACAUCGGCCGCAUCUGUCUCAUCGGAGCAAUCCCUCGAGCUGCACGAGACCGAGCCGCCGAGCGUCAUCUGCAAGGCACCACCGCCACCAGCGCCUGCCACACCAACACCAUCUUCAAGCGGCGUCGACGUGCCGACAACACCCAGACGCUACGGCAUGCAAGCGCGUCUGACCAGCAGCGGCGUACAAACCGAGCUCACCGCCACUUCACUAAUGGAGGCGUCGCUGGCAAAGAGCAGCAGUAGUUCCGCUAGCUCUGAAGAGCAGCGCCGGCGUGCGCCAUUCUUCAAGUGCUGCUACACGCCUAUAGAUCGCUGGCGUGAAAAGCGUAGUGCAGCACACACAGCGGCGGCAGCGCAAAAGCGCGGCAGUCGACAAAGUGAGCGACCAAGUGUCACUGCAGCUACAGCGUCGGUUAGCAAACGCGGUGGCGCCUCCACCAGUGCCAGAGCGAGCAAAGCCAGUGUCGCACAGCAACAUACGCGCAAAAAUGGGCAUGCAGUCUGACAUUUCGCGUACGCAUUGGAGUGUGUAGGCGUGGGCAUGAGCGUGAGCGUGAGCAUGAACUUACUAACAAAACGAUGCAAAUUGAGAAUCCAUCAGCGUCGCUGUCUAUUUGCGAUAUCAACAAUUAUUUCUAUUUCAAAAUUAUACUUGGAAUAUUUACGCUAAUACUUUUGUAUACAUGAAGAUAUUCCAAGUAGAUUAUUUGUUUGAAAGCGCAAACUUAGAUGAUAAACUAGGAGAAGCAGCAGGAACAGUUAUUUUCUGCAGCGCAUUGAAGGCGCGUCAAUGCGUGGCAAAAAGUGAAAGAGAUUUUGAAUAUUGACAGUUGUAGUAAAGCAUAAAAUAGAAGUCUUAAAAAGUGUUCUAAAUGUUAAAGCUUUUUUAAAAAGCCUUUUAGUUGUAUGCAUGCAUGCAGGAAGUGAACCAGUCGUGUACUAAUGUCAGUUGGUACCAGUUAAACUAGUAAGCCACACACGCUAACCUCAAAGAUAAUAAAGAGCCACAAAUACGCCGCACUAAACAA